CCCCGCGCGCCAAGAUGGCGGCGCCCGAGGCGCGCACGGUGCUGGUGCGGGGCCUCCCCCCCGGAGCCACCGCCGCGCUCCUGGAGCGGCUCUUCGGGCACCUGGGGCCGCUGCGCCGCUGCUUCGUGGUCACCGAGAAGGGCUCGGCGCGCUGCCGCGGCUUUGGCUUCGUCACCUUCUCGCUGGGCGCGGACGCGGCGCGGGCGCUGCGGGACCCCCCCGCGCUGGGGGGGCGGCCCCUGCCCGCGGGGCUGGCCCCCGGGGGUUUGGGGGGGCGAGGAGUGGCUGUGACCCCCCACACCCCUCUUCUUGUAGAGGGGGAGGAGAAAGGGAAGGUAAAAAAGGAGGAAGAAGAAGAUGAGGAAGAAGAAGGAAAAGACGAAGAGAACGAGGAAGAGGAAGAGGAAGAGGAAGAGGAAGAGGAAGAGGAAGAGGAAGAGGAUGAAGAAGAGGAAGAGGAAGAAAAGGAGGAGGAGGAGGAGGAGGAGGAGGAGGAAGAGGAAGAGGAGGAAGCUGCCCAGCCGCCCCGGCAGCCCCCAAAAAGGGGAUCAGGGGUCAGAGCUGGGCCGGGGAAAAGGAAAAAAAAGCGGGUAGAGGAAGCUGAGGAGGAGGAAGAUGAAGAUGAGGAAGAGCAGGAGGAAGAUGAGGAAAAGGAAGAGGAUGAGCUGAGGGGAGCAGCCCCCCCGCCGGCCGUCGGACGUGGCCGAGGGCAGGACGGUGUUCAUCCGGGCGGGGGGCUCCGCGUGGGGGGGCGGCUGCUGCGCGUGGACCCCGCCCUGAGCCGGGACCAGGCCCGGGGGCUCCGGGGGGGCUCGGGGGCAGCCCGGCCCCGGGGCGGCACCAGGAACCUGUACCUGGCCCGGGAGGGGGCCAUCCGGCCGGGCUCCCGCGCCGCCGAGGGCGUCAGUGACUCGGACAUGGCCAAGCGCGCUCGGUUCGAGGAGCUGAAGCGGCGGCGGCUGCGGGACCCCAACGUGGCCGUGUCGCGCACGCGGCUGUGCCUGCACAACCUGCCCAAGGCGCUGCCCUCGGCCGGGCUGCGCGCGCUGCUGCGCCGCCUGCUGCGCCGCCCCGCCGGCACGGCGCCCCUCAUCAAGGAGUGCCGGGUGAUGCGCGAGCUGCGGGGCCAUGGCAAAUCUUUGGGGUUCGCCUUCGUGGAGUUUGCGGAGCACGAGGAGGCCCUGGGGGCCCUGCGGCGCCUCAACAACAACCCCGAGCUCUUCGGGGCCCACAAGCGCCCGAUCGUGGAGUUCGCGCUCGAGGACCGGCGGAAGCUGCGGCUGCGGGAGCAGCGCAUCCAGCGGGGCCUGGUGAGCAGUGCUGACCCCGCUGCUGACCCCACUGCUGGCCCCUGUGCCCCCCGGGGGCCCAGCACUGAGCCCUGUGACCCCUGUGCUGACCCCUGCCCCGACCCCUGUGGCACCCUGGGCCUUCCCUUUUGUGUGGGGGGCGCCCGAUCGUGGAGUUCGCGCUCGAGGACCGGCGGAAGCUGCGGCUGCGGGAGCAGCGCAUCCAGCGGGGCCUGCUCAAGGCCAAGGCCAAGGCGGCCGCGGGACCCCCAGAGCCUCCCCAGGGAGCCCCGGAUGCCCCCCAGGAGCAGCCUGCCCCCCCCGCGGGCUCGGGGGGACCCCCGGCCGCCCCCCAGGGCCCCCUGGGCCGGGUUCCGCACGCAGGGCCCGGGGGCCCGGGGGGCUCCCGGCGCCCCCCGCACCAGGGUGCUGGCCGUGCCCUCGCACCGCGGCCCCAAGAUCAGGAAACGGGACAAGGGCAAGGCCCAGCCGCCCCCCAAGCCCCCCAAAGCCCCCAAGGCCUCUCGGCGGCGGGAGAAGACGCGGGUGCCCCCUCCCCAGAGCCAGCGGCGGCGCCGGGGGGGCCCCGGGGGGGCCGAGGCGCGGUUCCAGGAGCUGGUGGAGAGGUACAAGAGGAAGAUUUUGGGGAGCAACACCCCCACGGCCCGGGGGAGCAAGUGGUUCGAGAGCUGAGGCUCCCCCAAAACCCCCCUGGCACCCCAAAACCCCCCCUGGGGGUGCCGGGGGUCCCAAACCUUACAGGGGGGUUUUGG